AUGUCAUCGGCCGCCUCUGCCUCCUCGCCGCCGGCACCUCGCGUGCCAGCGCGCAAUCUCAAGAUCAAGGUGCAGCAAAAGCUCUGCGUGCUGCCUGCUCCCGCCUCGCCCGCGCCCGCCAUCACCCUGACGGGCCAGGACCUGAGCAUGGCCAAGAUCUACAUGCACAUGCACUACAUCUUCUCUCCUUCCUCCUCGCCAUACGGGCUCUCGGAGCUCGCCAACGACAUCGAGAACGCACUCUCCCUGACCCUGGACGAGUUCCCCUACAUCGCCGGAUCCAUCGAUCGAGUCGAUGACAAGUGGAUCUUGCAGGACAGCCGCAAGGGCGUCGAAUUGCAGAUCGCACAGGCGGAAGAGGAGGCUGGUGGCCUGUCGCCGCAGGAGAUUGGGGGAAGCUGGGAUCAGGAUGUCGGGACGAGGGCACCCUUUGUUGGCGAGGAUGAGGCGCUGGUGGCCAUCCGGGUGACGAGGUACGCCUGCGGCACAGUCUCAAUCACGACGAGCGUUCAUCACUGGCUCAUGGACUUUGCCAGCUACUUUGACUUCCUCUCGACCUUCGCCUCUCGCCUCACGAGUCCCGCCGCCGCUGCCACUUUGCAGGAGCAGAAGCCAAAGCGCAACUUUGAGCGAGACGUCUUCUCGCUCCUGUCGUCUCCCGGUGGCGAGGAGGCCGAUUCCGCGCCUGCGGCGACAACGACGACCGAAGAGGACGACGCCGAGGUGCGCUCGUGGUUCCGCGCCUCGGCCGCGCCGCCGUGCUUCAAGCGGCCCGUCAACCACACAUAUGUCGUUCCCGUCCUCUUUACGGCAUCGAAGUUGGGCGAGCUCAAGGCGCACCUUGUCCAGGCCGCCUCGGCGAGCGGGACGACGACGCCGACGUUCUCGACGAUGGACGCCCUCCACGCCCUGCUGUGGUCGUCGAUCACGCGCAGCCGCGACCUGGCCGCGCCGGCCUCGACCAAGCUCCUCGUCACCAUGGACGGACGCCGCCGCGUCGCAAACGGCGAGCUGGCCGCCGAGUACUUCGGCAACGUCCACCCCGGCUUCGCCUUCCGCCUCGACGUCGCAUCGCAGGACCUCUCUUCCGCCGAGUCCCUCGCGGCCACGGCGCAGAAGCUGCGAUCCGAGUACCUGGCCAACAUCGGACCGCAGACGAUGGAGAGGAUCAUCCGGUACCAGCAGCGCAACCUCGACCGCGUCUCGACCAACAUCGACGCCAUGUUCGCCAACGACGUUGUCAUCUCCAACCUCUCCGGCUACGAGUACGGCCGCGUCUCGUUUGGCAGGCUCGGUCGGCCCCGGGCCGUCACGAUGCUCGGGAGCAGGGGCGUCGAGUAUGGUCCGUUCAAGAUCGACGCUGCCGACGGUACCGUCACCGUCCUGGCUGUGCCCGAGCAGCAGCAGAAAGCGCCGGACGGGGAGGAGCGGGAGGGAUCGGGGGCGAAGAGGAGCGAUGUGAUUGCCUACAUCGGUCUGAGGCAGGAGGAAAUGGCGCGCCUCCUCGCCGACAAGGAGAUCGCAAAGUGGGGUGAGGUGCUGUACUAG